AUGGACUUCUUGAAGAUGCCAGCUCCCAUCCCGAUCAAUCGCAAUACGUCCCAGCUGGACUCGUUCGGGUCCCAGCGCCCCGGCGGCCUCACCCCCAAGCAGGCUAGCUUCCUCGGCGGCGCGAGCUACAAGGAGCCGAUGGCUCUUUCGUUUGGCAAGGAUGUCUCGGAGAUCAUGGACUACUCCAUCUCUCGCUUCUCGACCUCGACCGAGUCCGACAUCACGGUGGCGCCAUCGUCGACCCGCCUCGAGUCGACCUUCUGCCGCAACUUUACCUGCUGUGGCCAGAAGCUCGACGACCUCCACGACCUGCUGCAGCACUAUGAAGAGUGCCACGUCAAGUUCGAGGACGACGAGAUGCCCGCCAUGAUCACCGACGACGACGUCGACUCGUCGGCCUCUUCGUCCGAGACGGCCUCGCAGCCCCCCAGCCCGCGCACCACGACCGCCUCGACUUCGGGCGCGGCCGCGUCGACGUCGACCCACCCCACCACCGCCGUCAACGCCGGCGCCGGAUCCUCGUCGCAGACCAAGGCCAAGCCCCCCAUGCAGAGCACCGACUCGUUCGAGACCACGUCGGCCUUUGACACGGCGGUCAUGAGGUCGCCAUCGCUGUCCAAGGGCAAGAAGCGCUCGUUUGGCCAGUACGCCAACAACGCCGGCGGAUCCAGCAGCGCCAUCCACCAGUCGCUUCGACGCGCCCUCAUCGACGGUGGCGUCGGCCGCCGCACGCCCGGUCAGCCCCAGAUCUACGCCCCCAACUCGCCCUUCUCCACGCCCGGCAGCUCGAUCCCCGGCACCCCCUCGUGUGACUCCGAGAACGGCGACUUUUUCGGCAAUGGCGUCAACCCGUCGGCCUUUUCGGCGCUCUCGAUCCGUGGCAACGCGUCCGACGAGCACCACCUGCCGUCCUGCGCGCCGCCCAACCUCUUCUUCCCGGCUUCGGGUACGUCGACGGCCGCCGGACAGCCUCCGGCCAAGCGCGAGCGGACCAGCUCGGCCAACACGUCGUCGGCCGCCAUCAACAUCGAGAACGCACUCAAGGCCAACUCGUCGAGCGUCGACAAGCCAUACAAGUGCCCGGCGCCCGGCUGUGACAAGGCGUACAAGCAGAUGAACGGACUCAAGUACCACCGCCUCCACGGCCACUGCAACCAGAACAACCUGCCGAUCCAGACGCAGGCCGCCCAGGCUGCGGGUCAGCUGCCUCCCGCGGUUGCCGUCAGCGCGGGCCUGGGCGCUAACGGAAGCCAGCCUGCGACUCCCGCCCCGUCUGCGGCUGCUUCGCCGGUCAACUCCAAGGCCGCCGCGUCGCCCCUCAACCCUGCGGCCGGCAGCUCGGCAUCGCCGCCUUCUGGCGCCAACUCGACCAUCGACGACGCCGGAUCCCUGGCCAACAUUACCACGCCGCCCAGCACGCCGCCCUCGCCCUCGGCGGGUGGCGCGACUCAGAGCAAGGCUGCCUCGCCCCAGCCCUCGAGCCCGGCCUCCAAUGCGGCGCCGAGCUCCGGCGGCAUCCCGCUGUCCGACCGCCUCUACAUCUGCCAGGUCGGGGCCUGCGGCAAGCGCUAUAAGAACCUCAACGGGCUGCGCUACCACUACCUCCACUCCGGACAGCACGGCCUGCUCGGCAUGCAGCUGCUCCAGUCGGGCGGUGGAUCGAGCGCCAAGGUUGACGCCAGCGGUCGGGCUCCCGUCAGCACCAGCACUCUGAGCAGCGAGGAGAUCGCCGCUGCGGCCCAGGCUGCCCAGGCCGCGCAGGAGCAGAUGCAGGCUGCCGCCGCCAAGUCGGCCGCCGCCACCGCCGCGUCUGCUGCUGCUGCUGCCGCUGCCGCCGCCGCCGCCGCCGCAAGCAACAACACCGGGGCCAACGGCCAGGCCUAG